UAAUAAAAAAAAACAAAAACAAGGCAGAGAGUUUUAAGAUAAGCAUUCAAAGCAAAAGAAGAAUGGUAUCAGCACAUCAGAUUGGCAUGCUAGCAGGAAACUACACGAUGUGGGAAGCAGGCGGAAAGCAGGGGUUGACUCUGAACACCAAGGCAGUCAAUGUAAUCUGGGGAGGUGAGGCCUGCAAAGGUAGGUAUUGGAAGAAUAGUUUAGAGGGUUCUGCACAGGUUCUCGAGCUAUUGGCUGUCUAUUGGCUAGAGGUCACAGGAAAGAUCCCGCUAAGUUUACUCAGCCCAAACACCAAAUACAAAUUAUUGUUUAACAUAAAAGUCACUUCAGAUGCUUCCGGCUGGAAUAGUCCAGUGAUAUUAAAAGUAAGUUUGCCAGGAAAUAGGAUACACCCUGUAUAUGUCAACCUUUAUGAAUAUGCGGGUCAUGGUUGGGUGGAUGUUCCUGAAGGAGGACUAGAAUUUACUGUUCCACCAGACGAUUCAGGAAAACUAUCAUUUUCCAUGUAUGAAAAUGAAUGUGAUGAGUGGAAGAAAGGUUUAAUCAUUAGGGAAGUGAAAUUUCAACCAGAGACUGCAGUUAGAAGAAUAAUUUAAGAAUAUCGUAUAUGAAUUAUAAAUCCUCAAAAUAAGGUUUGAGAGUGUGUACUUCUUUACUUUC